AUGUCGACUCUAACGGCAGACAACCAGACGACACCGAGUGGACCCGUAAUCGUCCAACCCAUGGAGUUUGGGUUGACUUUCAAAUCCAUCUUCAUCUCUACACUGACGUGCCUUUCAGGCAUUUUCAUAGGGUAUAAUGCUGCUUAUGGCAAGGGCUCCUUGGGCCUGGACCCUUUCACAGUGAACUGGACUCAACGGCAAGCUGUCAUCAUCUUUGUGCUGGGGAUAGGCGCCAUCCUUGGUUCAGUUGCAUCUGGGGAUCUCUCUGACAGGCUUGGUCGCCGGCCCACCAUCAUCCUUGGUUCACAAUUGUGUUCCUUCGGUGCAAUCCUCCAAACUGCUGUCCCUGAAUACACGACCACUGUAGCCGCACGCUGCAUCAGUGGCAUCGGUCUUGGGCUUGUUUCCGCCACCAUGAUGACCUAUAUCUGCGAGAUCAGUCCUCCUCACUUUCGUGCUGUGGCUAUGACCUUCUACAACUCGGGAACUGCCGUUGGCCUUCUCGUCGCGCUCUGCGUGAGCUAUAAAACCCAGAGCUAUAGCGCGGAUACUUCCUUUCGAAUCACCACUGCCAUCCAAAUUCUCUGGGCGAGCCUACUCGGGCUCUUCUGGUGGUUACCGGAAUCUCCAAGAUAUCUUGUCAAAUGCGGGAAUUUGACCAAAGCGAAGCGAGCCCUUGCACAUCUUCGAGGUCAGCCUCAGAGUCUGGCUGAUAUGGAUCAAAUGCCGCCGGAGCUGGACGAGAUGAUAGCUCAUGACGAGCAUCAUGUCCGGCUACUUCCACAGGGUCGGUACCUGACCGACUGGGCAAACUGUUUUCAUGGGCCACUCUGGGCACAACGCUACAACUCCAACCUCCGUCGAACUAUUCUUGGAGUCUCUCUCAUGAUGAUGCAACAGCUGUCUGGUUCCAACGCUUUGCUCAACUUUGUCACCGUUAUCAUCAAAGCCAUCGACACAAUCUCUGACCCUUUCAUCAUCUCGUUGAUUCCCACUCUGAUCUGCGUGGUUUGUCUCCCAUUCUCUUUCGUGGUCCUCGAGGUUGUCGGUCGCCGUAAUGCCUUGUUGUGGGGCUCUGCUCUCAUGCUUUUCUGUCAUGUCAUAAUUGCAUGCAUGGGUGUUGCUGACGGUCGAAUGGGCCUCGCCCUGAUCACAGAGACUCUGGUCGGGGAAAUCUUCCCUCCAACUAUCAGGUCUCGAGCCAUUGGACUAUCCACAGCCUCUUACUGGCUCUGGAAUAGUGUCACCUGGAUCCUCUUGCCAUACAUUUCCUCGGCAGAUGAUGCCAGGUAUGGGUCCCGUAUGUACUUUCUCUGGGGUUGCUUGUCUGGGUGUGCAUACGUGUACACCUAUGUCCUUGUUCCCGAGACACAGGGCUUGACAUUGGAGCAAAUUGACAUGAUGCUGGAGAACACAAUUCCCCGCCGUUCUACCAAGUGGGUACCAACGACUACAUUUGUUGAGCAAAGAGGAAUUGACAGUCGCGAUCGGCUACGAGAAGCUGAGGCUCAAGUGGAAGCUGGAGUUGAAGCUGGAGCCGAAACUGGGGAGGGAGGACACAAGCUCGAGGACCUGACCCGGAACACUCCAGCGGCAUGA